AUGUCAAAAAAAUUUUUACAUUUAACUAUCUUGGCAUUGAUUUGUAUCAUUGCUGGAUUAGUUCAAACCACUCCAAUAAAGAGACAUGAACCGUCUAACGAUCCAAGUCUUGUAUACGCCCAUAUCGAUUCUAGUGAAUUAGCUGCCGUACUUAGUUGGCACUGGGGUGCAGCAGUACCCAACAAAAUUCUAAUGAAUUUGUUGGUGGAAUUAGUAACAAUAGAAGAUAUAACUGUUUAUGAUUUUAAAAUUUAUUGUGAUGAUAAAGUGGCAUUUGACCUCACACCAGCUAUUAUAGACGGAUCUACCACCAGAAAAGAAUUGGAUACCUUUACUAACGAGAAUAUUGCAUUUGCAUUCUUUACUGAAACAUUUACUGGAGUUGAUAAACCUGCAGCCCUUAUAGGUUACACACUUGUUAUUUGUCGUGAUGGAAAAGAAAUUGGACGAACAACAAUCUCAUAA